CAGAUUUUCUGAUUGUUCUUGUUCUGUUGAAAGACUGAAGACAGUCUAACCAAGGCAGCAGACCAAGUGAUAUUCAGGACUCUGUCAGGAUGCGUUGUGUGAGCUGGAUGUUGCUCGGGCCCUGCCUCCUGGUCCUGGUGCAGGGAGCCCUGAGCCAGUGCCCGAGCCCAUGCCACUGCCAUGGUGACCUUCAGCACGUCAUCUGUGACAACGUUGGGUUGAAGAAGAUCCCUCGAGUAUCAGAGGCCACUCGGUUGCUGAACCUGCAGAGGAACAACCUGAUCAGCAUACCCUCUGGAGCCUUCAGCGAAAGCAAGGGACUUAUCUCUCUGCACAUGCAGCACUGUCAUCUCCGAGAGAUUGGAUCCCAGGCCUUCAAGGGGCUGAAGAAACUCAUCUACCUCUACCUGUCCAACAAUGAGAUCAACAGCAUCAAGCCCGGCGCCUUCGAGGAUCUCAGCGAGCUCACCUACCUCUACCUAGAUGGGAACCACAUCAGAAACCUGGCUAAGGGCAUCUUCUCACCCAUGAUCAAACUCUUCGUUCUACAGUUCAAUGACAACAAACUCCAGGAACUGCAGCCAGGAAUCUUUGCAGGUGCCAAAGACUUGCGCUGGUUGCACAUGAGCGGGAACGAGCUGACCACCCUGCAGCCAGCCUCUCUGGACGACCUGGAGAACCUCGCCAUACUUCACCUGGACAGGAACAAGAUGUCCACCUAUCCCAGUGCAGCAAUGAGCAAACUGCGUGUGGUGGAGGAGCUCACACUGGGGAGGAACCCUAUGAGGACCAUCCCCGACAAUGCGUUCCAGAGCUUUGGACGCUACAUGGAGAAACUCCACCUGGACAACAUGGGUCUGGAGAAGUUCUCUGAUGGUGCAUUUACUGGUGUGACUGCAGUCAGGUCGCUGCACCUGGACAACAACAAGCUAAAGUCUCUCCCAAGAAGUCUAGAGUUUGGCACCAUCACCAACCUUACCCUCUCCAACAACCCAUGGAGCUGCACAUGUCAGCUAGCUCCACUGCGCAGGUGGAUGGACUCUAGCCGCAAUCGUCCCGAUGCAGUGUGCUCUUCUCCAGCGGCACAGAAAGGCAAGCAGAUCAGGGACAGCACCGCUUUCAGCGGCUGCAGAAGCAAAGCAAAGAGAACCAGGACGGGUACACGUCACUGAGCACGCAGACGCGCAGGAGAGGAGUCUGUCCAGGUGACUGGCUACAACAUGCAGUGAAAGCAAUGCUAACUCACUCUACUGCAAGACUGUCCUCCUAUUUGUCUGCCAAAAGUCGUCACAAGUGUAAACACACACACAAACACAUUCAUAGAUACACAUGCUCUGUAUCCGUCUCUCUCACACACACACUGAAAACAGCUGCUGCUGCAGAAAACGAGGGUGAUAAAGAGCAGAAAAACAAAACAAUGAGCAAACAAUCAGGUUCCAGUUCUUUUGAGUUUAUCGCCACAAAUUACUCUGUGUAUUAAACUAUAUAUUUGCUCUGUUAUUGAUGUAAUAUUAUUGAUUAGUGCAGUGUUGAUAAACUGGACAUGAAGUCUCCAAAAAAGGUUAGGAGGAAUUAUUAAGCAGCAGUCACUCAGGCAUCAACACUGGUUUACCUGCUUUUCUACUGUGUGAUGUCUUUUACAGUACCGUGAAUGCAAAAUGACACAGUGACUGAAAACCUACAGCAUUUCUACAAGUUUAAAAGACAGUAAGACCCCACUGGAUCUGUCUGCGAUGCGCUCGUCAGAGCGGAUCACUGCCGGUCCAGUUAAUGGUUGUGUUUCCACCAGGUCCAGCCGUGUUCUAUCUCUGAUGCGUCCCACAUAAACAUAAAUAAAACGGACAACAAGAAACCAUUACGAAGCCUGUUUACUGUAAAAGCUCAAAAACCGGGAAAUAUACCCUACACGUAAAAUGAGCACCACAACGAGCCGCUCUGCAGACGCACCCGGUGGGGGAUGAAGCCGUAUAGAGGACAGAUCAGAGCCGGGUCGAAGACAGAACGCAACACAGCCAGAUCCAGUGGAAAUGAGUUGUAAGACUGAAGAUGUGUGUAAGAAUAACAGGUUGGUCAAACCAUACAAGUUCCAGGCUGUCUGCCUAUCACUUCCAUUUUCCCUGUAUGAAGGCAUGUUAACAUUUCUAAGAUACACACAACUGGAUUCAUUUCAUAUUAAAUGUCCACAAAUAAGAAUUCAAGCACAGGUCUAAAAGAUUAAUAGGUUUUAUAGGAUCGUUGUUUCUUUACUUUAACACAUUUUCUUUCUAAUAUACUGUACAUUUUACUUAAAAAAAUAAGAUUCAAAUAGUAAAUUCUUACACUCAAACUAUGUGGGUUACUCACAAAUGUUGACUUAUGUACAUCUAAUGUAUAUUCAGUAUCUCUACACUUCCUGAACUGUUGAAAGUGGUAACAAAUGUUCAUAUACAAUAAACCUUUUAUAAAAUUAGGCCUCUUUUGUCUUAAAUACUACUUGUUCACAAGGGGCCUGAUAAUGCAUUUCUGCAUGAUAACAUCUCUUCAUGCUUUUGCUAAAUCUAGUAGGUGUUUUUCUACAGCUAGUGGCUAAGAACUGAAAGGGAUCACUGAAUCAAUUUGUAACCUGGAGUGAAUUUUUGAUCACAGGUGUUUGGUGAGACAAGUCCCAUUAUCUUACAAAUUAAAACAUAAUAAAUUAUA